AUGCCAGCUGCGCUAACGGCUCAGAUAAUUCUCUACACCAUCAGUUCCGUGUGCUAUAACAUUUUAUUCCACCCUCUACGAAACUUCCCUGGGCCCUUUUGGAUGCGAGCGACGCGCAUGACGUAUUGCUACAAGCUCAUGGGGGGCAACCUCCCCUUCGAGAUGCUGGACAUACACAAGAAAUAUGGCACAGUUGUCCGUAUCGCCCCUAAUGAGCUGGCCUUUGGAGAUCCAAACGCGUGGAAUGAAAUCAUGGGUCAUCGGGUAGGGGCCAAAAAGGGCCCCGAGUUUGAGAAAUCUACUGCAUUCUAUCGACCCAUGGGUGGCCCUAGCGAUAUCGUCAACUCCGGCGGGGAUGAGCACGCCACGCUCAGGCGCCUCAUGUCUCACGGCUUCAGCUCUCGCAGUCUAAAAGAGCAAGAGCCGUUAAUCAUGAAGUAUGUCGACCUGCUGACACAGAGACUGCACCAAAAUUGCGACAAGACAGUGGACAUCAUGUCUUGGUACAACUACACGACCUUUGACCUUAUCGGCGAUCUUGCUUUCGGAGAACCUUUCGGCUGUCUCAACAACUCGGACUACCAUCCUUGGGUAAAGACGAUCUUCCAGAUGGCAAGACUAGGAACCGUCUUCCAAACGGCCAGUUACUUCCCUUUGUUGCGAAGUCUUAUCAUCAGGGUUUUGUCAACGAAAAAGAUUAGGGCGAGGAAACUACAGCACGCAACCAUGACCAAGGAGAAGCUGCUCCGACGCAUGGAGCUUGGAAAAGCUGGAGGAAGACCUGACCUCAUCGACAAUUUGCUCAGGAAAAAAGACGAACUUGGUAUGACUAUGGACCAAGUGGUGAAAAACGCUGGCGUACUCAUCAUUGCAGGGUCGGAAACAACUGCCACAGUCCUCUCUGGAGUGACUUACCUGCUAUUGAAGAAUUCCAAGGCCCUGAGCAAGCUGACCGAAGAAGUUCGAACCACGUUUCAGUCUGAGGAAGAGAUUGAUCUUACUUCAGUGAAUAAGCUGAGCUAUAUGUUAGCAUGUCUAGACGAGGCUUUGCGAAUGUAUCCACCUAUCGCGGGCGGUCUCUCCAGAGUCUGCCCCGAGGGCGGCGCUACAGUGUCCGGCCGGUUCAUCCCGGAGAACACUAUCGUUGCUAUCCAUCAAUGGGCAAUGUAUCACAACGAGAACCACUGGUCAGACCCCAUGGAGUUUCGACCUGAACGAUUCAUAGACAGCGUAGCUUAUCAGAAAGAUCGUCGGGACUCACUUCAACCGUUCCACCUCGGGCCUCGAAACUGCCUUGGUAGGAAGUGA